AUGAAACAAUUUUUACAGGUUCAGUUCGACGAGUCUGAGCGUGAGAUGAUCCGAGAGAAGCAGUUCUCGAUUAAUCUCCACGAACAGCUCUCAGCGGUGUUUGCGCUGUUCUACAACAAGUCCGCUGUGUCAUGGUGUAACUCGCUUUCGAGCCGUGAACCGCUGGCUCAGGAGCAGAACCGUGUGUUAGGAGCGCUGGAAGCUCGUCUUGGGCUGCGUGUGUCCGCUGAGCAUUUGCCGGGUGAAUCUAACUAUCUGGCUGACUUAUGCUCACAAGGGCGGUCGGGUAAGCAUGCUACAACAUGGCAGCAACUAACGAACUUGUGGUCGCAGGUACCGGUCUCACCCGCCGCCCGCAAGAUUUACUCCAGCACCUUGUCGUCUUACAGCAGAGCUCCCUGUCCGAAUCAUCACUACGCCAGUACGCAAUCACGUGAAAACAGUGGACCAUUGAACAUGGCUGAUCUUGGAUCGAACGGAGCUCGCCGAGGCACGCCCUGUUGGUUGACUGCCGGUCCAGUAAUGAACGCUGAAGAGGGCCAGCAGUAG